CCCCGCCACAUUGAGGGUCGCGAGCCGCUGGAAGCGCUCAGCCCACGGCGUGAUUCUCCAUCUUCUCCAUCUUCUCUCUCUCGAGUUCGCCUCGCCGCCUCCAUGUCUCACGCGCGCAGCAAGCGAGUGAAGGUGGACGAUGAAGUGGCAACAGGGGGCACUGUGAAGGCGAGUCGCCACGGCCUGGAUGACAUCUUGCAGGAAUUCGAGUCGUGGUGCAGCAGUGUGAACCUUGAGCUCAGCCCCAAGGUGGUUCUAAGUGAGGAUGGCUUGGUGGACCGCUAUGGCCUGCAGGCAGUGGAGAAUAUCUCUGAAGGAGAGGUGCUGUUUUCUGUGCCCCGAGAUGCGUUGCUCAGCUCUAUGACUACCUCCAUCAGCCAGGUCCUUGAAAAAGACGCUGCCUCUUUGAAGAGCCAGUCUGGCUGGGUGGCACUGAUUGUGGCACUAAUGUACGAGUUCACCUGUCCAAACUCGCGGUGGAAACCCUACCUCGCUCUCUGCCCUGAACCUGAUCAGCUUGACCUGCCCAUGUUUUGGCCGGAGGAGGAGAGAAAACGUUUGCUGCGUGGGACGGGUGUGCCUGAGGCUGUGCACUUGGACCUGGAAAACAUCGAGCUUGAGUUCAACUCCGUGGUGCAGCCCUUCCUGGCCGCCCACCCUACGCUCUUCGACAGCAAACAACACACACUGAACCUUUACAAGCGCAUGGUCGCCUUUGUCAUGGCCUACAGUUUCCAGGAACCUCUGGAGGAAGAAGAUGAGGAUGAAAAAGAUCCAAAUCCACCCAUUAUGGUUCCAAUGGCAGAUAUCCUCAACCACGUGUCAAACCACAACGCCAAUCUGGAAUUCACCAAGGACUGCCUGAAGAUGAUAUCGACACGCCCUAUAGCCAAGGGGGAAGAGGUGUAUAACACAUACGGCGACCUGGCUAACUGGCAGCUGCUGCACAUGUAUGGAUUCGUGGAGCCUCACCCUGCCAACAACAAUGAUGCGGCAGAAAUCCAGAUGACGACACUAUAUAAGGCCGCACUGCAGGUGUUUGGAGAAAGUAGGAAGCAGCUGGUCGAGAAGAAAUGGAAAGUGCUGUGUGACAUGCUGCUGGUGGGCGAGGAGGGAGCGUUCGUUAUCGGUCGCGAAGGAGUCCUCACCGAAGAAGAGCUCUACGCAGCCCUCAAGGUGCUCUGCAUGUCAGAGGAAGAGUUGCAGGACUACCAGGAGAACGAGGGGUGGGAGGAGGAUGAUGCAGCUGACGAGUCACUGACCAAUGAGGCAAUUGUGGAGCUGCACCCCAUGUGGCGGACACUGUUGGCAGAAAGCAUCCGCAUCACACUGGCGGCAUAUGGCCCCGUGCAAAAGGAAGAUGCGGCCAUGCUCGCAGACCCCGUGCUCAGUGCCAAGCUGAGCCGUCGCGAGCGAUACGCGCUGAACUUGCGCUGCGGACAGACGAGCAUCUUGCAGAACUUGCUGCGGCUCACAGAGGGGCAGUUGAUGGCCCAAGUCUAAAUUCCGAAUGUGCAGGCUUGAGAUGAAAAUUAUUUGUACAUCUCCCCCCACACCCACCCCUCUUUUGUACACGUAAAAAAAGGAAUGGGGACUGAGCCUGAGGGAUGCUGUGUGGUGUCAUGGUUAGCCAACUGAAUAUGCAAGCCCAAUCAAUGGUUAGAUCUCUUGACGGGACUGCUGAAACGGUGGGAUAAGUUUUGUAAAUCCCUUCCCACCCCACCUGUCCACCCAGCAAUGUAAAUGGGUGCACCACAGUUAAGUCAAUUACAGGUCACGUCUGGUGGGGUAAAGUGUGGGUACUCUUGUGGAAUAGGCCAAAUUUGUCACAGUGGGGCUCUACAGUGGAGGUUCUUCCUCCAAUAGCGUAAGCAAGCAGUUGCAAAGCUGCGUCAUAGCACAGCAGUCGCAAUGAGAUAAGGUUACAAGGCCAAUAUACUGUACGUUUGAGCAGAUUCCAAAAGGAAAGAAAGCACAAUGUAAUUGUCUUCAUUUUAAUGCUAUCUUGUGUUUUUCACGUUAUUGUAUAUUUUGUACAAAAUGUAUAAUGUUAAACAUAAAUAUAAUUCCACCAUCA